AUAGCUUCAUUGUCUUAGCUCACGCUCUUUCGAAAUCGCUUUGGGCUUCAUUUUCGCAAUCUCAUUGUCCUUGGUCCUUGUGGUUGCCCUGUUGGCCUUCCUUAUUGGUGUGGGUGUGGCGGUGAUUGCAUCUUUUGGUUGUUGGUGUGUUGGUGUUGCGAAAUGACGAAUCUUUGAGCAGGGUAUGGUUUUGUGAGAAUUUGAUUCCUUCCAAAGGUGCUAUAGAAAAAAAUCCAAGAAUAUUGCAUUGGAUGAAUGUAGAUUUGGGAGACAACGUAGUGAAAGGAGGUUUGGAAACUGGUCUGGUUAAUGAUGAUGUUGAUAUUGAUUUUGGUACGUUUAAGGAAGAAAGUGAUCUUAAGGAUGAACCAAGACAAAAAAUGAAAGAUGACAAGGCAUCAACAAAGAAGCUACUUAAGAGAAAAUGCAGAGAGAGUUUUAUGCAAACUUUACACCAUCAAAAAAGUCUAGUUGCAAAACUUAAAAGGAGGGUUCUUGUGUUGGAGGAAGAGGUGGCAUUUGAGAAAGUUAGACGAAGAAGACCAGAGGAUGGUGGACAAAGUGUGCCUCGUGAAGAACCGUCUAUCUCCCUGAGAGUCUUCUCCCCGGGUGGCAUCACUCUGGGCGGCAUCUCCUAAAAAGGCAUGUCCACUGAUCGUCCUCCAAUGAAGACAUAUGUCAGGAUGGGGUCACGGAGGCGUUACAAAAGUAGAGCACUUAUGACUCCUUAUGUAGGAUUGCUUAGGAUAAAAAAUUAGUGAUAUUUGUAAA